AUGUAUUCAUGGCUUUUACUUGUCCGAGCCUCUGCAAUGGGGUGGUCACCAAUUUUAGACAAACCGUUAUAUAGUCUACCUGAACCCGAAGAUAAAGACGAAAAAUUAGAAAGGAAAACACGCAUCAAUGUCAGUGGAACUAUUUUUGAAACUUGGCAAUCAACCCUAGACAGAUAUCCAUUUACACUUCUUGGAUCGUCAGAACGUGAAUAUUUUUAUAAUGAAGUCACACAUGAGUAUUUCUUCGACAGAGAUCCUCAAGUUUUUCGAUAUAUUCUUAAUUAUUACCGAACUGGUAGACUGCAUUUCCCCAGACAAGAAUGUGUGUCUAUUUAUGAAGACGAGCUAAACUUUUUCGGUAUUCGGCCAGACGCUCUGGAGAUUUGCUGUUAUGAAGACUAUAUGGAGAAAAAGAAAGAGGAUGCUGAUCGGUUUGUUACAAUAAAGGAAGAGCUACCAUUUGACUAUUCCAAACUAACUUCCUUCCGAGAACGUCUGUGGUUUGCUUUUGAAAAUCCUCACUUCACAAAUCUUGGCCAAGUGCUCUACUAUGUCUCCGGUUUCUUCAUUGCCCUGUCAGUUCUAGCAAAUAUUAUUGAAACUGUUACCUGUACUGUCUCUCCUGAUACUGGUUUACCAAUUUCUUGUGGUGUUCAAUUUGAAAGCGCUUUCUUCUGCCUGGAUACAGGAUGUGUUUUAAUCUUCACACUGGAAUAUUUUGCUCGACUAUAUGCAGCCCCAAGUCGUUGUAAAUUUGCGAAAUCUUCAAUGUCCAUAAUCGAUGUUGUCGCUGUUCUACCCUACUACAUCGGUCUAUUUAUGACAACCAACGUAUCUGGAGCUUUCACCACGUUAAGAGUUUUUCGCGUGUUUCGGAUAUUUAAGUUCUCUCGGCACAGCCAGGGUCUUCGAAUUUUGGGGUACACGCUCAAGUCUUGUGCUUCUGAGCUUGGAUUCUUACUAUUCAGCAUGUCCAUGGCUAUUAUUAUAUUUGCUACAAUUAUGUAUUAUGCGGAAAAGUCAGAGACCUCACAAUUUACUAGCAUACCAGCUGCAUCAUGGUAUACUAUUGUUACAAUGACCACACUAGGGUAA